ACUUGCUCAUCCGACGAACAACGGUAUUAUCAAUUUUCUGUAAGUGGAUGCGGUUGUUGGUCGACGAGCAUGAUUCAGAAACUAAUCGUAGUAAUUUUGUAUCGGGUAAAUUUCCGUGGAAUCAAGUUUAAACGACGAUGGAUUCGUUCGCGAAAACGAGAGAUCCGAGUUGUAUUCGUAAUGGUAUGCUUCCGAAACCAGCGAAAGUACUUUGACGAUUUCCUGUACUCGCGUUAUCACUUCUUAGACGAAGAAAAAGAAAACACCCCAAGCUAUUUUUGCUUGUUGCGGUCGUGCCAGCAUCCCGAGACCGCAAUUGGUCUGGUAUAGGGUAAAUACCGAGUAAAGAAGUACCGAGAGUAAUUGCUGUCGCGGUGCUCGGUGAUCGGGAAAGACGAGAAAGCUGCGGCCAAGCGAAACCGUAUAAAACGUUCCAAACACGGCCAUCUCUCAUCAGUUCGACGAAUAUCUAAACUACCGACGACAACCAGCAAAUCGACGAUGAAUAAUUUGAGUGCAGCAUUGAUUCUGUUGUGCGGCGUGUAUGGUGCUUUGGGGGGUCGUCGUUACCUAGCCAUACCCGUGGACGGGGUCGACGUGAUCGAGCUGAGCCCGAUCGCGCCGGCUGUGACCAGAUACACGCGACAAAUCGACGCUCAUGUACCUGUAGCGGUUCCUAGCGUUCACCAAGACGAUCCGGAGAACCCACGCUCGGAGAGAUCGAUCUCACCGAUUCUGGAUUACGUGGAUUUCGGGGGCUACACGGCCGGCAACGGAGGUUUCAGCUGGUACGCCGAUUAUCCGGCACAUCACUGACCAUCAUUAGGGAAACAGUGGACGUCGCGAUCGAUCCAGAUCGAUCCUUCUGGAGGACUGUUCUAUGGCCAAUGAACAAUGAACACUUGGAAUAAAUGAAAAUGUUGGUCGUGAGAGGGAUAAACAGCUGGGAAAUUUACAAAUUUAGCCAUGAAUUCCAAAACUGCGUAAGUUCGCUAAUUGACGCGAGAGAUGAUUUGUAAUUGAGGUUAGUUAAAUUUAUUUACCAAUUGAGACGAGAAAAUCAUCGAGGUGUUUCUCAGUGAUUAGACUGCGGAUGUUUAUACAAUUUGUGUCGCUUUGGAAUUCAUGGUUACAAUAUACAGGGUGUCCCAAAAACAGUUGAAAGGAGUGGUUCGGGAGGUGAUUUGAAACAUCUUUUUUCUUAGCGGAAAUGUUAUACGAGGCUUCGUUAGGGAGA